CACCUUGAUUUCUUCGAUUGGGCGCGGUGGUGAGUUGAGAAUGGCAGAGUAAGCAAGUUCUGGGGAAUCCUCUUUCUGAACCCCUUUCAUCUAUCCCACCCUUUGUUGGUGCUUACAUGAGAGGGGCUUCCUUGCAAUUGAAAGGGUGUAUCUCCUUCCAUUGAUUAUCCGAUUAAAUCUGUUUUCAGAGCAUAGAUCACCUUGGUUGUGCUUGGGAUGCUAAACUUUUGGAAAAUUGGGAUUUUGUGGCAGAGAGGAGUUGUAUGUAUUUAGACAGCAAAACAGGAUAACAUUGCAGAUCCAGAGAAGCUUGAGCCCUUUGGCUCCAGAGCUUUUACACUAUAAGUUGAGCAGUUAUAUUUGCAGGAGGGUUGGUGGACUCAAAUUCAGAGAGUUUCUUGGUCUUGAGGCUUUACGAAUUCCAGAAAGGUAUGCUUGUUUCUGAUGCAGCCAGCUCAGUUUGAUAGUGUUCUGCAAAAGAUUACAGAGUUAAAUAAAGCUCUACAAUCUGACCUAGUAGCCAGUUUUCCUAAUAGAAAUACAAGUCGCUUGUUGCUUAUGUUGUUAGAGCUCUUUGCAUUGCCAGAGCUUUAGUAGUGAAAAUAUAGCCUAUUUUGGCCUCUACUAGUGUUUACUUCAGAAUCAAAUAUCAUACAUGAUGCUGCCAGGGCAAACAUUAUUUCAGCAUUUUAGAUCAAUCCUUGCAUCCUAUGGAAAUGGGUUUUCAUUUGUGACCUAAUUGUGUCUCAUGCAUUUUCUGGUUGAUCCGUCUGGCCCGUCCUGGAGACCAGCUGCUUGAUCUUUUUAUAUUUCUACUCUGUUAGUUUCUUUUGUCCCUUUGUAGUUCUCUUGCAUACAAUCUUCUUCAUAAUGUAGUCAUUGAAAUUGUUGUAAAGGAGAAAAAGAAUAUGUCUCUGAUUAGACUUGAGAUAUUCAGACAGGGUGCCACAAGUGAAACUUCACAUUACCCCUCCAGCAGCUCUCAUGUUGACAUUGCUUUGUUGCUAAAAUUGAUGAGAGAUCACAGCCACUUGAAAUGAUGUUUCCAGUGCAUGUGGUGUGGAUAAUCCUUCUGAUCUCAUAACUUCCUAAAUCCUGGUUCUUGCUAAUUGAGUUGGCUGGCAAUUUAUGUUUUAUGAACUUCUCUUUCUCAAUCAAAAGAUGGAUUUAUUGCAAUCUUUUUGAUCUUGUUAACGCUCCACUUUCAUGUUGUCUAAUUAUCUUAUAAGAUUAUUAGCUGUAUCAUAUACCUUUGGAACUCUUUGCCUCUAUAUCCACACUAUAAAUAUAAACCUAAUUGACAA